UUUCGUCUCAGUCUCGCCGUCCCACUCCUGUCUUUUGUUGCAGUACUAGCUAGCCUCUCCAAUAACAGAACAAACAAACUCUAUGUCUUUGCCAGUUCAGCCCGCGAUGGACCCUCUCAGCGCAGUAGCGAGUGUCGCGGGCCUAGUCGGUCUUGCAGCGCAGAUCGCGGCGUCAAUCAAGCAGCACGACUUUUGGUCCUCGGUCGCCGACACGCCGGUGUCUCUGCGGUGGCUGCUUGCCGACGUGCAGCUAGUCCACGACCUCGUCCACAGCAUCGAGGCCAGCUUUGCGCGCAGCGCCAUUCCACAGGGCAGCACCGAUCCUCUGCAGCAGCUGCUGGAACGAUGUUUUGCGGACCUCGCUUCGCUUGAAGGCUUGGUCAAGACUGUUCUCCCGGUCCCUGGUGACAGCUGCAGAAAGGCCACUUGGAAGUCAAUCAAGGCGACGCUGAAGAAGGACAAGUUCAAGUCGUAUAGAGAGCACCUCGUGUCUGCAAAGAUUACUCUUUUGCUUGCGCAGGGCUAUGUCAACCAGCAACACAUCGAUUCACGGUUUGACGCCCUCGAGACUCGCAUCGCGUCUCUUUCGCUCGCGAACAGCACGGCGGCGCUGGAGGAGAGAAUCGCUAUCGAGGCGCAGAAGAUCACUGCGUCGAUCCUAGAAUCGUGCUCCACCAUUUCGCUUGUCGGCGCGAUGGCGCCAUCGAUACAGGCUACUGUCUCGAGUGCGAUCGAGACCGCCAUGCGGAGCCACCUGCCUCAGCAGCCAUCUAGCAGCCGUGAUACUGAGAUUACGCGUGCAGGCAACACUCGGAAGAGUCACCGGCUUACUUCGAUCAAGCAUUACAACACCCCGUUCAAGCGGUUCGAGGUCCGAACAAUCCACAACGGGCGCGAUGUUGUCGGUAGCGAGUGGGACCCACAUGAUCUCUCUGCGAGUUCACCUAAACCCCCCGAAACAGAGAUCUUCUUCCUUCCCAGAAGGUGGAUGUCGUCAACGGCUCGAAGACUGUCGAUCCAGUGGGAGCCGUCGUCCCACUGGGGCUUCUCUGGCUUUCGGGUGAAAUACCACCCCGUCGUCCCGACGAGCUCACCGAUAUUAAGAGCCUGUCAGGAUGGCGAUGUGGCUUUGGCAAGGUGUUUGCCCAGGUGCUCGCCUCACCAGAUGUUGUCUGUCAAUACGGGUUGUCCUUGCUUAUUGUAGCAUACUAUGUGUCGAUGCGUAUCACCGACCCUUACAAUCGUCAUGUGUAGAUUUCUGCUUCAACAGGGAUGCGACACGGCAGGCGCCCUCGAUCACCUAGUGUAUUGAUUUCCCAGUAAUUAUUACAUGAGCCAGUGGCCUAACCCCGAAAUUUUGAAUAUUCAACUAGAACUUCCAAGGCUGAUUGUGCAUCAUGGUGGGAAAGUGGAUCAUCUAUUUCGGUUCUUAUUCAUCUCCGUUUGGUCUACGAUAAUUACGAGAGACAAGUCAACUCUAGGACCGUACCU